AUGACGCGCGUUUCCGUAUACUCCGCGGCGCUGGUCGCCUUUGUGGCCUCCGCCGCCAUGGUCGUGGCCUCGAUCGCCAUGCCCAACUGGAUCGACUACGCCGUGACGACGGCUAAGGGUGACACCAUCCACAAGACCAUCGGCCUGCACAAGAGCUGCUCGACGCUCGACGGCGGCCGCUGUAGCCCGUACCCAACGGCGGCGCUGUGCCAGUCGGGCCAGCGCUACUUUUGCACCAUGUGGCGCACCACCGGCUGGCUGGCGUCCUUUUCCGUCGUCCUCGGCCUCGCGGGCCUGGUGGCCUUUGCCGUCACCCUCGGCGGCGGCAAGUACAAGCGCGAGAGCGGCUGGCCGUUUGUCGGGGGCCUGAUUGCGACGUUUUCGGCGGUGCAGCUGAUUGUGAUUUCUGUCGUGGCAUAUCUCUUUGAUCAUGAUGACCAGUUCAUAAUCCCCGGGUGGCAGCUCGGCGUCUCGUGGUAUCUGACGCUGUUUAGUGCCUUGCUCGGCAUGGUCACGGUGGUGGGCUUGGUGCUGAGCGCGUACCUGCUGCCGCCCGAGGACGGCUACGAGUUCCUGGACGAGCCUAUGGAUGCAUAG